AAGAAAAUCACUCAACUUUAUCAAAAUGGAAAAUAAGAUAGACAAUGAACAUGAAUCAGAAAAUGAAGUUAUGGAUUACACCGUCAUGUCCAAAAAAGGCAUUGAUACAUCAGAGAUCCCUAUGCUUGAGAUCCCUGACUCAAUACAGCAAGUCAUCUCUAGGAUUGAGCAAGCACAGUUUUUUCGAGCCAGACAGGACAUUAAUACGCAGCUGAGUGACAUAAUGCAAAAUGUGCACAGGAUGAUACAUCGCUACACUUUUGAUGAGCACAUGCAGUCUGGAAGAAAAAUCUCUUUUUCAGAAUAUAAGAAACGGAGAAUAAAUUUGCUAGAGAAAAUAGCUGUUUAUGCUAAUUCUGCUGAAAUUAAAGAAAAGACUCUUGCACAUAUCCUGGCCUGGUUGGAAGAAUGGAAUGCCAUUUUGUCGGAGAUGACUGAAAUUGAUAUUGAUGAACAGCACCACUGGGUAGCACAAAUAGAGAUUUUACCAGAAACAUUCAAAGCUAUUGAGAGCAAUGUCAAGAUAUUGAGUAGAAUUAGUGCUUUUUUGCUCGAAGAAAAGAAGCAACAAGGGAAAAAAAAAGCAUUUAGAGAUACUCUGUGGAAAUCUUGGAAAGAAAGAGUUAUAAAGCGACCAGCAACAGCCCAUGCUUUAACACCAAAUCAGAUGAUUAGUGAUGAAUUUGCAACAAAUACAAAGGUUUCAGAAAUCCAAGGUAUGCUACAGGAACUCAUAGGCACUGCAAUGUUCAAUAAAUUGGAAAACAAUGCUAUUAAAUAUAUAUCAUCAACAAUGGUAAACCUUUUUAAAGCAUUGAGUUCACUAAAUAAUGAAGUAAAAGCUAUGAACCUUCAAAAUAACAAUGUGUAUAUAAAUGAGACAAGUGAAAGAGUAAAAGAGCUCUCCCUGAAGAUAAUAAAAGAUCUCAGUGAAGAAAAUGAAAAGCUUCAGCAGAAACUUCAAGAUGCAGAAGAAAAAUAUGAGCAGCUUAUUCGAUUCAAAUUAUCACCUACAUCAGCCUUGAAAGUACUACCCGAGCUUUCUCCGAAAUCAUCCAUGGUCUUUAGCAUGAUUGAUACAGAAGACAAUAUAGGCAAUAUUUUGGCCAAAGAAUUUGAAAACAGUAUGGAUGGGGCCCAAAGAAGAGAGACCAUAGGCUCAGGGAUCAAGUGGGACUCAACUGUUUCACAAACAACCCAAGUUGAAACGAUUCCAGAUUUCACUGAAAGGCAAUCCCCUUUACCUAAAAAACUCCAGAAAAUGCCUUUCAAAGCUAUCACUGAAGAUAAGACAUCACUGAAGAAAGGUGAUGUCUAUCAGAAAGAUGGAACUGAUCAGUAUCAAUCACAGAAAGUUAAGGGCACAAAAGGCCCAGAAGAAUAUGAGACCUCAAGAUCAAAUCUGAGUGAUCAUAAAGGUAAACAGACAGUCUUGGAGACCAAAUCUGAUUACCACUUUGAGCUACAAGCACUGGGAAAGAAGAGUAAAGAAAUAAAAUUCCUUUCUGAAGCCAAAUCAAAGUCAUUCACUGAAUCAAAAAGUCAACAUAUUCCUGCUGAUUUCCUUUCUACUGACUCAAAGAGCCAAGGUGGCAAAAGUGGAACAAGUAGUAAGAGGAAGGUCAAACCUGAAUAUAUACUUGAAAAAAGCCAGAUUUCUUCAGAGAGAAUGGACAAAGAGAAAAGUGAUAUGAGUAUCCAAGCAGAGCCAUUCAGGUCAAUCCAACUUGAUAAUUUCCCUGAGAAAGUAAAAAGAAAAGAAAAGAAACAUGAAAUUUCUCCAGAAACUACCACAAGCAAAGAAAGAAAAACCGAAGAGAAGGACGUGUCAGUCUUUACCAAGAAGUUCAAGUCUGAUGAACUUGCUGAAUCACAAUCUAAGAAAACAAAAGAGACUUCAGAAUCUUCUAAAGUUCUAGGAAGUCCAGAUGGCCAAAGUGAACAGAGUAAUCUAGAAGAAUUUCAUAAAGCCAUAAUGUCUUUCUUAAAAGAGAAAAUCGAUAACACAGGAAACGCUUUGGACAAAAAGACUGUGCCAGAAGAGGAGUUAUUAUCUAAAAAAGCAGAAGUUGAAAAAUUAGGAGUCAUAAAGGCAAAAAUGGAGGAAUAUUUCCAAAAUGUGGCUGGAAUUGUGACAAAAAUCUUGAGAAAAUACAAAGACAUAAAGAGUGUAGGAAAAGUUGGAGAGAAACCUAUGAAACAAAAAAAGGUAGUCUCAUUUAUGCCAGUGCAUGUACAGAAGCCAAUUAGUGCAGAGUCUGAAAUUAGCUCCUUAAUCUUAUCUGAGAGCACGGACCCAGUAAUACACAAUUUAACACAAAUGAUCUUGACUGAAAUAGAAAGCGAAACAGAUGCUCCAGUAGCCUCAAUAGCAGGGAGAGACCACAAGGAGAAGGAAAAACAAAGGCAGGAGGAAUAUUUGCUAGAGGUUCAAAAAAAAAGUUUUGAUAUGAAUCGUAAACACCAGCUGAAAGAAGAAAGUUAUCUCAGGAAGAUAGAUGAGAUGGUAAAUAAGAACUUGGAGAAGGAAAAAGCAUGGCUCCAGAUGGAGCAACAGAAGCCGAAUCAGUGGCAGGAAAUACUGUGGAAGGAACAGCAAAAACAGAGGCUGCAAAAGCAGAUUGAGCAAGAUGUGAGGCAAAAGGGAACGAAAGAAGAGGAAGAGCAGCAGAAGCAAAAGCAGCAGCAUCUGGAAGCAUGGAGGCAAAAAAUGAAAGAACAAGGAGUGUCCUUGGAGGGGGAGAAGGGACUGCAGAAGGUUCAGAAGGAAGUGAAACGUCUGGAGCUGGUAAGCAGUCAGAAGGAGGAAGAGAGGCAGAAGCCAAUGAGAGAGAAGCAGAUGAAGACCAAGGCCGAAGAACUAGAAAAUGUGUUAAGCAGUGAUUCGAUGACAUUGUUGCCCAGGUGGAAGAACGUGUGGAAAGAUGCAUCCUACUUACACAAAAGAAAAGAGUUGCGUGCGAAUCUUGCUGAUGAAGAAGAGCACUCCACACCCGUCACUCCUUCCACCUCCACACAGCCUGCCUCACCCGGGCCCUUUUCUAUUUCGGGACAGUCUUCUACACAGUCCAUCGCUAUCACUCUCACCCCUCAGCAGGCCCAGGCACAGGGCAUCACUCUCACCCCUCAGCAAUCCCAGGCCCAGGGCGUCACUCUCACCCCUCAGCAAGCCCAGGCCCAGGGCAUCACUCUCACCCCUCAGCAAUCCCAGGCCCAGGGCGUCACUCUCACCCCUCAGCAAUCCCAGGCCCAGGGCGUCACUCUCACCCCUCAGCAAUCCCAGGCCCAGGGCGUCACUCUCACCCCUCAGCAAUCCCAGGCCCAGGGCGUCACUCUCACCCCUCAGCAAUCCCAGGCCCAGGGCGUCACUCUCACCCCUCAGCAAUCCCAGGCCCAGGGCGUCACUCUCACCCCUCAGCAAUCCCAGGCCCAGGGCGUCACUCUCACCCCUCAGCAAUCCCAGGCCCAGGGCGUCACUCUCACCCCUCAGCAAUCCCAGGCCCAGGGCGUCACUCUCACCCCUCAGCAAUCCCAGGCCCAGGGCGUCACUCUCACCCCUCAGCAAUCCCAGGCCCAGGGCGUCACUCUCACCCCUCAGCAAUCCCAGGCCCAGGGCGUCACUCUCACCCCUCAGCAAUCCCAGGCCCAGGGCGUCACUCUCACCCCUCAGCAAUCCCAGGCCCAGGGCGUCACUCUCACCCCUCAGCAAGCCCAGGCCCAGGGCAUCACUCUCACCCCUCAGCAAUCCCAGGCCCAGGGCAUCACUCUCACCCCUCAGCAAGCCCAGGCCCAGGGCAUCACUCUCACCCCUCAGCAAUCCCAGGCCCAGGGCGUCACUCUCACCCCUCAGCAAGCCCAGGCCCAGGGCACCACUCUCACCCCUCAGCAAGCCCAGGCCCAGGGCGUCACACUCACCCCUCAGCAAGCCCAGGCACUGGGCAUCACUCUCACCCCUCAGCAAUCCCAGGCCCAGGGCGUCACUCUCACCCCUCAGCAAGCCCAGGCCCAGGGCAUCACUCUCACCCCUCAGCAAUCCCAGGCCCAGGGCGUCACUCUCACCCCUCAGCAGGCCCAGGCACUGGGCAUCACUCUCACCCCUCAGCAGGCCCAGGCCCAGGUCAUCACUCUCACCCCUCAGCAGGCCCAGGCCCAGGUCAUCACUCUCACCCCUCAGCAGGCCCAGGCCCAGGUCAUCACUCUCACCCCUCAGCAGGCCCAGGCCCAGGUCAUCACUCUCACCCCUCAGCAGGCCCAGGCCCAGGGCAUCACUCUCACCCCUCAGCAAGCCCAGGCUCAGGGGAUAACUGUCAUCCCUGAGCUGGCUAAGGAACUGGGGAUCCACUUCACACCUGAGCAGUCCCAGGCACUUGGGGUCACUGUUAUCCCUCAGCAGGCCCAGGCCCAGGGGAUAAGUCUCAUCCCUCAGCAGGACAGGGCACUGGGAACCACUGUCACCCCUCAGCAGGCCCAAACACAGGGGAUAACUAUCAUCCCUGAACAGGCCCAGGCACUGGGUAUUACUCUUUCCCCUCAGCAGGCCCAGGCCCAGGGCAUCACUCUUUUCCCUCAGCAAUCCCAGGCCCAGGGCGUCACUCUCACCCCUCAGCAAUCCCAGGCACUGGGCAUCACUCUCACCCCUCAGCAGGCCCAGGCCCAGGCCCAGGCCCAGGGCAUCACUCUUUCCCCUAAGCAGGCCCAGGCCCAGGGAAUCACUGUCACCCCUGAACAGGCCCAGGCCCAAGGCAUCACUCUUUCCCCUCAGCAGGCCCAGGCCCAGGCCCAGGGCAUCACUCUUUCCCCUAAGCAGCCCCAGGCCCAGGGAAUCACUGUCACCCCUGAACAGGCCCAGGCCCAGGGCAUCACUCUUUCCUCUCAGCAGGCUCAGGCUCAGGCCCAGGACAUCACUGUCACCCCUCAGCAGGCCCAAGCCCAGGGCAUCACUCUUUCCCCUCAGCAGGCCCAGGCACAGGACAUUACUCUCACCCCUGAGCAAUUCAAGGCAUUGUUGGUUACCGUCACUUCUGAAAAAUUCCAGGGUUUGGGAGUCACACUCUCACAUGAACAAGUCCAAGCAUUGAGGGCUCCUGUCAUUCUCCAACAAGACUGGACAUUGGGGGCCCCUAUUACCCCAAAUCAAGACCAGAGCUGGGCAAUGCAGAUCCCUGUAACUACUGAGCAGGCCCAGAUAUUUGGUGUCCCUAUCACUCAAGGACAGGAUGAGGCAUCUGGAGUCACUACCAUACCACAGCAGACAGAGGCAUUGCACGACGCUCUUCCAGAACAGCCACAGGAACUGGCGUUCACUCUUACUCCUGAGGAAGCACAGAUCUGGGAUAUCACACGUACCAGUGAACAAGCCCCGGCAGUGGGUAUCACCCUCAUCCCUAAGCAAGUUCAACUUCUGGGAGCUCCCUUCACCCCAAGACAGGCUCAGCCCAUGGGUAUUACUCCCAUGUCUAAGCAGGGCCUAAAAUCAAGAGCUGGUCCCUCUUCAGGACAUACCCUGGAAGCUGGGAUCUUUUCUAUUACUGAUAAACCCAUCAAACCAAGUGCUCCUCACAUUCCUAAGCAGUCCCCCACAUUGGUGCCUUCCACUCUUAAACCACUUCAAGAUUCAAAGACUUCUCUCCCCUCUGGGCAAUCCAUUACAUCAAGAACUAUGUGGUCCCUGGAUUCAUCUGCUCCUAUUGCUGAGAAGUCCCCUAUCUUUGAGGACCCUUCUACUCCUUUGCAGAUAUCAAGGCCUCAUCUUAGCCAAACCCCAUUUAUCCCUGGGAAAUCCCUGGUAAUAGGGAUUCCUUCUGACCCUAGGAAGCUCCUGACACCACAAACUUUUCCUCCCUCUAGAGAGACACUGGUUUCUAAGGGUGAAUCCACCUCUGUGCAGUUCCUAGCAUCAGAGGUCCCUCCCACACCGAAGAAGCUCCCAAUAUCUGGGGCCCCUCCCACUCCAGGGGAGCCCCUUAUAUCUGGAGUUACACCCAUCUCCUCACAGAUUGCCAGCCUCUGGGAUCCUCUCUCUCCUCGGAAACCCUUGGUUUCUGGGGCCUCUCCUAUCCCUGGGGAGCUCAUGGAAUCUGGAUUCUUAACCCUCUCUGAGCAGCCCCAGGCAUUUCAGCUCCCUGACACCUGUGAGCAAUCUCCCUAUCUACAAGCCCCUUCUACCCUUGGGCAGCUUCUGGCACCACGGGCCCUUCCUGGGCAAGCUUUCCCACUAUGGAACUCUCCCACCCCUGGGCAUCCCCCAAUACUAUCUGCCCCCUCAGCCCCUGGAAAGCCCCAGAAAGAUUUGUCGUCUUCUGCCUCUAAGAAAAGUAAGGAAAGAUUGGCAAUUAUUUCUUCUCUGAAAUCUAAGUCAGCAUUUGUCGAUCCCAGUGCUCCAAAUUUCAAGGUACCUCAAGCCCCUUUCACCACUAAGAAGUUACAAAUAUCAGAGGUCUCUGACACUUCUGAAGAAAUCCAGAUACUUCACAAUUCUUUUGCCAUGGAACAAUUUAGGACAUUUCAGUCCUAUCUCACCAAUUAUAGGACACCAAUAUCACAAACCCCUUACAUUGAUGAGGGGGCCCUUCCCACUCUCAUGAAGACUAUAACAUCACUACCUUCUCUUACUACUAAACUACCCAAAAGAUCACAGAUUUCACCUUCUGAAUGGGACUGGAAAUCCCGAUUCCCUCCUAUAAACAAGCCCUGCUUACUGACUUCAGUUUCAGAUACCAAGAAACCCAAGAUCAUGGUACCCCCUUCCUCUUCCCAAGAGCCCCAAGAGCAGAAGUAUUUUGUUGAUGUGAAGGCUCAGAGGAAGAACCUGAUACUUUUAAAUCAGACCACAAAAACUUCUGGACUCCCUUCAGAGCUACAUACAACAGCUAUAAAUCUCAUAAUUGAGACACUUCACACAGACACAGUUCGGCUGGGAUACCUAUUCCGCAAGUACAUUGCGUAUAGGCUGAUCCAACGUGCAAGAAACAACAUAAUCAAACAAUUACAAGCCAUCCAAAACAGUGGGAAAGGUUAUGAGAUCCAGAACCUUUACAGAAUGCUGUGCAGAAUUGAUGAGUACCAGAAAAAGGUGUUGGGGACCUGGACCAAGAAGCAGAAGUCUCUAGAACAAAAACGGAAUUGGUGCCUGGGGAAAAUGAUGUCCUUAUUUAGCCAGCUCCAAGAGAUGUAUAAAUUGAAUCUGAGCCAACCUUUGAUCAUCGACAGAAAGCAGAAACCUGCCCCUACAAAACUUGUUCAAUGGCCAUUCCUAGAGCUACCAAUAAAAGAGGAGAGAAAGUCUGACAUAUUCAAGAAAUUUAGACAAGAAGACCAGAUGGAAGCCAUCUGGAAUGCUGAUCAGUCCACUUCAAGCUACCCAAUAACUGAGAAGACAUCAAUACAUUCACUGUGGGCCCAGCUGGGUGGGUACCCACCUAUUCCUAUGCUGCUCCAGUUAGAUGUUCAGUCUACCUUCAGAAAAUCUCUUGCAUCCAUUCAAUCACAGUAAGUUAAGGACUGGAAGCACUCUGAUAAUUUGGCCUUUGGUCAUA